AUGAACAUCGCCCGCGAUGACAGGCGAACCCAGGCCGAGACGGCUGUCGGACCUCUCAACGCCCUCGAAGCUGACCGCAUCGUGGAGGGCCUCCGCACCUUCCGCUUUCCCGAGAUGGGCGGCCCGGCCUGGAUGGCACAGCACGAGGCGCUGCAGCAGCUCAACAUGCAGGCGCACAUCAACGCGUCGCAGUCGCGCGACGAGUUCGUGGUGGACGCGCUCGUGCUGCACGAGAAGCUGCCGCUCCUCGUCCGCGAGCUCCUCGCCUGCGAGCUCUGGAAGCAGAAUGCAUACCCGCUUCUCCGCGACUUUAUCGCAAGGGAGGCCUCUGUCAAGGGGCGUACUCCCCCAGCCUGUACGCCCCGCACUCCCAGGUACCUCCUCCUCUUCCACGAGGCGGCGUGCGAGGCGGCAGCCGACGUCUUGCCCGAGCUCGUCGACUACUGCCACCGCAAGGUCGUGUGGCUGCUCGCUUUUCAGUACAAGCCGCCUCCCGCGCGGCCAGCAGACAAGGAGGAGCUCAAGCGGGUGCUGAUGAAGGAGCUGGAGGAGAGCGACCACCUCGAGACGCAGGGCCGGACGAUCGAUCUCUCGACCGCGCUCUAUGCGCUCUCCCUCGUCCGCUUCCUGGCCGAGCAGCUGGGCAAGCUCCCGCUCGGCGUGGCGACGAGGCUGCUCGACACGUACGACAUCAUGAUGCUUCUGUGCCCCCUCCUCGAGGCAAAGCCGUGGGAGCACCGCGGCGACGACGGCACGCUGCGCCGGUUCGUGCAGGGGCAGUGGGUGGUUUGCUCCGAGGCGGACCGGCGAUGCAUGGCCAAGUCGGAGGCGCAGGUGUGGCUCACCAUCUACGCGCUGAUGGCGGAGCCCGAGGUGCGGCGCAAGUACGAGCUAAAUACGUUCCGGAAGACAACGCUGCUGCGCAUCCGCGCCUUCCUCCACGAGGGCACUGUCGACCAGCUUCCGCUGCUCGCCGAGCUGCAGCGCGCGCUCGAUGAACUUGCCAUGAUGGACGUGCCGUCCGCCGCCUCCUCCAAGCCGGCGUACCUGCUCGAGACGAUGCCCGAGCUGCGCGAGGAGCUCAGCUGUGGCAUUGUCUGGUCAGAAGUGGCUGAGGAAAUGAGGCAGGGGACGCUCUGUGACACGGCGGAAGAACGGCGGUCGACGGCGCAGCGCCUCGCAGCUCUGUACGAC